AUAAUAAUGAGUGGAAAUAAUAGAAUAGUUGAUCUGCUACAAUUGCAGAACCUCACAAAGAGGGAUCCAGCUGCUUAUAAAGAGGAGUUCAUGAUGCAAUACCAACAUUAUCUCACACAGCUACAGAUAUUCCAACUCAAACCAACCAAAGAUUACAAGCACUUCUCACAGUUGGUCAGCUAUCUGAGUCAUGUUUGCCCUCUUUAUCCAAAGGAGAUGGCAGAGUUCCCAAAACAGAUUGCAGACUUGUUGGAGAAUAACUGUAAUAACUUGGAACCAGACUUGCGUAGGAUAUUAUCAAAGUCACUGAUAUUGAUGAGGAAUAGGAAUAUGAUGCAACAGAUUCCUCUGUUGUCACUGUUCUUCAAGUUGUUCCGUGUGCAGGACAAGCCACUGCGCAAGCUGAUCUACUCUUAUAUCAUCACCGACAUCAAGAACACCAAUCUCAAGACAAAGAACGUCAAGCUGAACAAGACGCUGCAGAACUUUAUGUUCACGAUGAUGAACGACAGCUCCGAGGUGGCCACGCUCAUGUCGCUCAAGGUCAUGGUGGAGCUGUUCCGCAAGAAGAUCUGGCACGACACCAAGACCGUCAACGUCAUCUGCAACGGUGUCUUCUCAAAGAACACCAAGAUCGUCGCCACCACGCUCAACUUCUUCCUUCACAUCGACAACCCCGACAAGAAGGACGACAGCGACGUCGAGGAGUCCAAGCAGCAGGACGCCGCCAAGCGCAACAUGAAGGCCGCCGCCCUCGCCCACAAGGUCGCCAAGAAGACCAAGUCGCGUGUCAAGCGUGCCGAGAAGGCCAAGACCGACUACAAGAAGCUGAUGGAGGCCAACGAGAAGAAGUCCGAUCCCAACUUCCCAGCCAUCGAGCUGAUACACGAUCCCCAGACCUAUGCCGAGCGUCUCUUCUCCGUCCUCCGUCGCACCACCGACAAGUUUGAGACUCGCAUGCUCAUGAUGAACUUCAUCUCGCGUCUCAUCCACACGCACAAGUUGUUGAUCUUCAACUUCUAUCCCUACAUCCAGAAAUACAUCCAGCCACAUCAGAAGAAUGUCACUUACAUCAUGGCCGUUCUGGCUCAGUCUUGCCACGAGCUGGUCGACCCAGACAUCAUCAAGCCAGUGAUCAGAGCCAUCGCCACAUACUUUGUCAACGAUGGAUGCAAUCCAGAGGUGAUAGCCAUUGGACUCAACACGAUCAGGAACGUGUGCCAGCGUUGCCCACUGGCAAUGGACACAGUGCUGCUGAACGAUCUCAUCCAGUACCGUCACAAGAAGGAGAAGGGAGUGAUGAUGGCCGGACGCAGUCUGCUGCAGUUCUUCAGAGACUACCAUCCCUCGAUGCUCAAAAAGAAGGAUCGUGGCAAUCGCUCCGUCGAGAAGGUGCCACUGCAGUUUGGACAGACCGUCGUCAGCAAGGGUGUGGAGGGCAUUGAGCUGCUCUACGACGAGGAGCUGAACAAGAAGCUGGAGCAGUACGAGAAUGGCGAGCUGGAUCUUGACGAGGACGACUCUGACGAUGAAGAAGGAUGGGAGGAUGUCAGCGGUGAGGAGGACGAGGAAGAGGAUGGCGAAGAAUGGGUCACCGACGAUGAAGACGAGGAAGAUGGUGAUGAAGGCGAGUGGGAGGAUGUCGAUCAAGAAGAUGAUGUUGACAAGGAUGAAUGGGAAGAGGUCGACGAAGACGAGGAGGACAGCGAUGAAUCAGAGGAAGAGGAGGACGAGGCUGACGAUGAAUCAGAGGAGGAUGAGCAACACGAGACUGGAUUCAACGAGAAUGAGGUUGAAGGACUCGAGGAGAAGGUCAAAGAGAAGAAGAUAAAGAAGGAGGAGGAGAUGGACAUUAGAAUCCUGACCGACGAGGACAUUGAGAAGAUCCAGAAGCUCAAGAUGCUCAAGGAGGCCCUGGAGAGCAAGGACAAGAAGAGGAAGAGAUCACCAUUGGAGGGAGAAGAGGAGGACUCGGACGAGGAGCCCAACCCAUUGGGCUUCAUCACAGCUGGCGAUCUGGUUGGCUCUCACAAGAAGAAGAAGCACAACUACGACGAGAGAAUGGCCAUGGUCAAGGAGGGUCGCGAGGGCAGAGAGGAGUACAAGAGCAAGAAGGCACGCAAGGAGAAGUAUGGCAAGUCGAUCAGAAACGAGCUCAAGGCCAAGCUUACCAAGCCGUUCAUGCUGAUGAAGCAGGCGCAGUCCGUCAGGGGCAAGCAGUUCCUGUCGCUGCACGACAAGCAGAUCAACAAGCAGACACAUAUUCAAGGUGGUGCAAGGAACUAC